AUGGAGUUGAUUCUGCUUUGCGAUCGACUCAUUCCAUACGUACCAUGGUUCCUCAACACAACUCAAGCUCAAAUUCAACCGUGCCUUCUUCGUGGUGACUUCAAUGGCAGAAAUAGGUCUAUCGACGAAAACGAUAACUUGACCAUGUUUGAUGGUCCAUACGAAGCUGACAUGCAUACAAUGACUCAUAAAUUCAUUCAAUCAUACUUUGAAGCUAUUGGAAGUUUUAUUGAUGGAUAUGAGAUGCGUUUCAACUUGCAUAAUCUCGUCAGACGUCUCAAUUGUAUUGCUGAUGUUGAGCAUUCUCUUUGUCGAUCAAAUAUUUUUGAAUGUCUCAAGCAAUUGUUGACCUAUUGUGGUGCCUGGACAUCACCCUUGGUUAGAUUUCCUUGUGGAAGAAAACUACCUUUCGACAAGAUCAAUCAUCCCUCAGAUGUAAACAGCAAGGAAAAACAGGUGAUUCUUGUCUAUGGUGGCAGCUUUUGUCCAAUUCAUUUGAAUCAUCUUGCGGUCAUUGACUUUGCUGCCAACGCUCUUGAGAGUCCACUCCACAACUUCGAAAUCCUUGACAGCUACUUGUGUCCAUCGUCUAGCAGUUGGUUAGGGAAAAAACUAGCAGGAAAACAUUUACCUGAUGGACAUAGAGAUGCUUUACUGUUACUUGCUACUGAAGGCACGCGUUGGAUGGUUAAUCGAAGUUAUUGUUCACCGGACAAACUUUCACAAGCUAUUUUACAGGAAUGUGACGAUCGAUUUGGCAAAGGCUUCAACAUUUCAAUAAUCCAUAUUUGUGGUAUAGAUGCUAUUGAAAAUAAUACAGGAAUACUCUCUACUCAAUAUCCUCUUGCCGUUGUCGAUCGACCUUGA